UGUAGAUAUAUAUUAAUUGCUUCUAAUAAUGUAUUACUUAAUCCUCUCUUUGGCUUUAUUAGCCCAUUUAAAUAGCUCAGCAGUAUGCUCGAGAAUUUUAGGUGUAUUUCCGAGUUCAGGAUACAGUCAGUACCUUUUGGCUGAGCCUUUAAUGAUAGAACUAGCUGAAAAAGGACACGAGGUGACUGUAAUUAGUGCAUUUGAAACAAGAAAUGUUACUAAUCUGAGAAGCAUUACAGUGCCUAUGCCUGUUGAUAAGGAAGAGAGCGAUAGCUUGUAUAAACUACAGGACUUGAAUAUAUUCAGAAAUCUUGAAGUAUUUAAUGAACUAACACUAGCUUGUACAGAAAACAUCUUGAAAGACACAAAAGUACAAUCUUUACUGAAUUCAAAUGAAUCUUUUGAUUUGGUGAUUGUUGAAACAUUUAAUAACGAAGGGCAUCUUGCUUUUGCAAAACAUUUUAAGGCACAUUUAGUAUUAUUUAGCUCCCAAGCUCUUUCUCAAUGGAAUGCAGAAUUAGUCGGGAACAUUAAUCUUCCCUCGUAUUUACCAACACCUUUUUCUCGAAGUGUACCAUCCAUGAAUUUUAUGGAAAGGUUCAUAAAUACUAUGGCUAUGUGGUACGACAAAUAUCUUAAAAUUUUCUACCAUUAUCCAGCUCAGCAAGCAUUGAUAAAUAAACAUUUUCCUGUAAAGUAUAAAUUAGAAGAUAUUAUGUACAAUGCUAGUUUAAUGUUAAGCUGUUCACAUGUGAGUACUAGUGGCUCUAUAUCGCUAACGCCAUCUGUGAUUGAAGUUGGUGGGUUACAUAUAAAAUCAAAAGGAUUACCCGAUAAUUUUAAGUCCUUUCUGGAUUCAGCAAAUGAGGGUGCAAUUUUAUUUAGCAUGGGUUCAAACUUAAGAAGCAGUAGUUUGUCUAAGGAAACUAUCAGAGAAAUUGUUAAUAUGAUAGCAAAUUUGCAGUAUAAAGUAAUAUGGAAAUUUGAAGAUCUGGAUUUGGAAAAUAAACCUAGUAAUCUACUGAUAUCAAAAUGGGUACCUCAAAAUGAUAUUUUAGCACAUCCAAAUAUAAUAGCUUUUAUUUCUCACUGUGGUAUGGGCGGUACUACAGAGGCUGUAUAUCAUGGUGUUCCGGUAAUAGGUAUACCUGUUUUUGCUGAUCAAUUUGCUAAUGUUCUUAGAUUAGUACGAAUGGAAAUGGCUGUGGAGCUUCCCUUUCAACAACUGAGUGGAAAAGUUCUACAGGAAGCUAUUCAGGAAGUUCUACACAAUAAGAAAUACAGGGAAAAUGCGAAAACGAGGUCUAAUGUAAUGCGUGAUCGAGUAUUGGAACCCCUAGAUGAAGCUGUAUAUUGGGUAGAAUAUGUGAUAAAACAUGAUGGUGCUCAUUAUUUAAAGAGUUCCUUUAGUGACCUAGCAUGGUACCAACUGUAUUUAGUUGAUGUUAUUUUAGCAAUUGCUGUGAUACCUUAUGUAAUAUUUAUUCUAAUACGUCUUAUGGGAAAGUUAUUAACAUGAUUUAUAAUUUAGAAUUUAUAAGA